AUGGACCAAGCUCGAGGUCAAAUUGCAGGUGCUGGUCAGAAUUGCAGGCUAGCUGGACGAAAAGGUGGCGGAGAGUCAGUUUCGUCUUCUGCAGGUGCUUCACGGCAAACUAUCUCUUGCGACGUCGAGUAUCCAGAUGCCGGAAUCUUGCCUGUUGAGGAGGCUGAGAUAUUCCAUCAUCGGGAACAGACUCUACGAAUUGGUAUCGGAGUUGGAGAGUUGGCAGGCACGGCUCGACCCGACGUGGUACCUCAUUAUUCUCGUGAGAAGGGGGGAUGUUGA